CUCGACAAAACAAAUUUCCAAAGUUUACAAAAUAAAAAUUGACUUGUUUUAUAGAUUUAAAUGAUUCUACGCCCAUUGAAUCGGGCUUUCUGGCCACCAAGCGUAGCUGAUGCAGCUUGCUUCUUGCUGAUUGCGAUCUUUGUGCCAAUUACGUACAUAUUCCAUGUCACCGUAGUUAUGCCGGAGCUUCAUGAUGUGGGUGGAUUUUGUUACACUGUUGUGUGGCUUUUAGCUCUAUUUGUGUUGUUCAACAUCACAUCCAAUUUGCUGGCCUGCAUGCUGGUGGACACGACCAUUAAAAUGCAUAUACUUAAGCCUCCGCUGGAGCCGGAGCUCCUCCGCCAGUGGCACAUGUGUGAUAGCUGCCAGGCACUUGUGCCACCUCGCACCUGGCACUGUGAGAUCUGCGAUGUGUGCGUCCUCAAACGGGAUCAUCACUGCCGCUUUACCGGCUGCUGCAUAGGACAUCAUAACUAUCGUUAUUUUUUCUACUUUCUGGUUUACAUGUGCAUUGGCGCAUUUUAUGUGACGAUCAAUGCCAGCAUUUAUCUGUGGUAUCUGCAUGCCGACUACUACUGGAGGCCGUACACACUGGUUACCAUCCUUGUGCCUGCUCUGAGCUUUACCAUCUUCGCCAGCUGGGAUAACUUUUAUGUGUUUGUGUAUGAGCUGAACAUUCUGGCAUUUGGCAUAUCCGCCUUAAUGCUAAUCUACCACUAUCCCAUCUUUAAACGUGGUGCUGUGAUGAAGCAACGCCUCAGCUCCAAAUACGAUCUUGGCCUGCGUGCCAAUGCGGAAAUGGUGCUGGGCAAGCGUAUGUACUUGACCUGGUUAUCACCCUUUGUGCGCAGUGAUCUGCCCCACGAUGGCGUCAACUGGACACCCAUGUCAAAAACUGAAUGAAUCUCUCUCUCUAAUCAUCAACUUUAACUUUUGUAAUCUUAACUAGCUCAAAUAUUUUUCUCCAUUGUAUUCACAUUAUUUCAACUUAGUAUUAAGCAAUGCAUUCCAUGCAUUUAUUUAAAUUUUUGUAUUUAUUGCAAAUAUAUUGUACAACAACAUUAACGACUUCUA